CUUCCCGUGUGUGAAAGUAUUGGUUAUAGUCUUUUGACCAACAUCUAGCAGUUGAAAGGGGGCGUGAACAUACGUAGCUAGUUAGCCUGUGUUUUGCGACUCUGGGGCCUAGCUAGCUCGCUAGCUAACCAAUGUUAGCUCAAUGGCCUCUGUAACCAUUAUUCAUUGACAUGUCUCUCGGGGAUUGCAGUGAGUGCUAAUGCCAAACUAUUGUUAUUAUGGCUGUAGACCACUGUUGUAUUGCUUUGACGUGAGUCAUUUUGCUGUGAAGGGCCAGAACCUGGAGUAAACGUUGUAGUUAAGUAUGCACAGGCUAACAUUAAGUUAGCAAAUUAGCGGAUUUGGAGCAAAUGUUACACAAAUGGCAACUAACGAUACUGAGCUUGCUCCGUAGCUAAUAUUAACUAUGCCUCAGCCCAGGUUGUGUUUGCCCAUACUAUCUAUUGACUGUCUGGACGACUCGCCAGCCAGAACUUUGCCCCGAGGACGGUUCUACGGUAGCUGGCUAGCUUAGCCAUUAACUUAGUCCUCUUGCUCUGCCUAGGAUGUAAGCAGAGUUUAUAGACUGACAUUACAACAGUUGGUCUGAAAGUUAGAUAACUAGCUCUGAUCAGUUGGAUGACUCCUUGUUGCUUGGCCAGAACUUGGAAUGUGAAGCAAGUGAUGAGUUUGGAUCAGGUCACAAAAGACCAGACGACUCGUUAAAGAACAUGCUCAGUGACAAAGAUCCCAUGUUCGGGUCUGCCAGCACUCAGUUCCAUCUGCUGGACAGUGAUGAGUCUAACUUGGCCAGCUUAACAGAUCACAACAUGAGGCCAUCGGGACGCGGCCGUGGUGUAUCCAGACGUCAGUCAGCCGGCAGGUUUCCAGGGAGGCGAGGAUCAAGAGGCGGGAGAGGAGCAAGUGGUGCCCCCGGGAAUGCUCCAAGCCCAGCAGAACCAGGAACCGGCAGAGGCACAGGGAGAGGUGUGCGGGGCAGACGCACCGGCCCGGGGAGAAGGGGCGUCAGUGCGGGGAGGAGGGGCAUCAGUGCCAGGGGCCUGGGAAGAGCAGACCGGAGAGCGUCAGACAGGAGCCCGCCGGGGUCCAGCUCCACAGAGGACGGCGAUGAAUCCCGGAGAAAACGAGAGCUGCUUCUCAGCAAAAGGUACAACGCGCAUGACGUUCACCCCUCCAUGAACCCCGUUGUGGUGCUGCGGCGUCUGACUGUCACCGUCGGGGGCUAUCGCAUUGAGCUCCUCCCGGGACCCUCCCUCCUGGGUGGCGUGGCGACCCUCUCUGUGGAACAGGGUUUGCAGGAGGGAGUGGUGUGCGUGGACGGCGUGGGUGUGAGCAUGCACGUGGAAGAGGUUGUCAGUGCGGAGAGCUCGGCGGUAGUGGAAGCGGUCCGAGACCCAGGCGCAGUUCAGAAGCAAGAGAAGGUGACAGUCACUAAUGAUGUCCCGCACCAUUUAGGUCCGUACGUUAACCCUAAUGAAGUCCAGAACACCAAUGGUGCUCUGGUACCAAAACCUGCCACGGAGGUUUCAGUAGCAUCAGACUCUAAAGCCGCCAGCGACCAAGACAAUCCUCCAAUGUCCAAAACCAGCAAAAUGCAGAGUAAGAACAACAACAACACGGCGCAGCAGGAUUCACCCAACAAGCAUUCGAAAUCAAAGGAGGCCUUGCCCUCUGCCAAAACCAAGCCGACAGUACCAAAUAAACCGGGUACUGCCAGAAAGAGCCUAAACCAUCCCCAGCUGAAGAGGGUACCCAAAGGCAUGCCGAGGAACCCUGCGGACCUGAAAGGCAAGCCGCAUAACAAUGUAGCGGUGAAACGGCCUGGGGAGCAGCUCAAGGGCGGCCCCGUUCCCAAAACGCAGAAGAUCAGGCAGGAGACCCUCACAAAACAACACGUUAAACUGGGUGCAUCAAAGCCUGAAGGCAAUAAGGUGCAGGCUCCACGACCGCAGCCCGCUCCGCCUCAUCCUUAUCCUCCUCCAGGCGCCCAACAGAGCUCCCACAAGCAGGCCCCUCCGCCUCAUCCUCACCCAGGCGCCCAACAGAUCUUCCACAAGCAGGCCCCUCAUCCUCCUCCAGGCGCCCAACAGAUCUUCCACAAGCAGGCCCCUCAUCCUCCUCCAGGCGCCCAACAGAUCUUCCACAAGCAGGCCCCUCAUCCUCCUCCAGGCGCCCAACAGAGCUCCCACAAGCAGGCCCCUCAUCCUCCUCCAGGUGCCCAACAGAGCUCCCACAAGCAGGCCCCUCAUCCUCCUCCAGGUGCCCAACAGAGCCCCCACAAGCAGGCCCCUCUGCCCCAGAAGAAGCCCCUGCAGAGCCCCUCACCGGUCAAGAAACCGGACCCGCCGCUGCAGGAGCUGGAGGAGAAUGAGGAGCAGGAGAGGCACAGGCUGAGGAAGGAGAAGAUCCUGCAGAGGCAGCGGAGCCGCAGCGCCCGUAGUGUCUCUGUGGAAGAGCCGGCACUGUUCAUCCCCGACAACGCCCCCGUGGCUAGGAAGGAUGCUGUGGAGGAAGAGCCAGCUGACGGGGAGGCCCUCUGGGAUCCAAGCAAACACUGUGGCCUCUGCAAGAAAUCCCACAACAACAGGUUCAUGGUAGGGUGUGGGCGCUGCGACGACUGGUUCCAUGGCGACUGCGUGGGCCUGGACUUGGACAAGGUCCAGCAGAUGGAGCAGGAGGACCAGGAGUACGUGUGCCUGCGCUGCUGCGAUGACGAGGACGUUGGCAAAGCCGAGCCGGGCGGGUCCGACCCGGCCACCAAAGACCAUCCGCCUAAGAGCGACCCCCAGCCGCCUCCCAGAAACAAGCAACAAGGAGUCACGACGGGCGGACUCACGACGGGCGGACUCACGGCGGGCGGAGUCAGACCAUUUAGAAAGGAGUCCGCUUAUUCAGAGAGGAGGCAUUCAACAGACGCUAAAGAUUCUACACACAGAGCAGGAGGACACGGGAGGUCAGAGAAAAAUAAAGCAAAAGUUUCACCUGUGAGCACAAAGCAGCCUUCCACAGAUCAAAUCCGACGGAAUGUCCGACACACACUCAAGGAUAUCCUUCUGAGCAGGCUGAAAGAUUCAGACUUAAAAGUUUCGUCAGAGAAGGUUGCUGAAGUUGCCAGGAAGACGGAAAAAGAACUCUAUUCAUUUUUUCAAGGCACUGAUAGCAAGUACAAGAGCAAAUACAGAAGCUUAACUUUCAACCUUAAGGACACGAAAAACAACGUACUAUUUAAACGUGUUCUUCAAGGGGAAAUCUCUCCUGGAGAUCUCAUUCGUAUGAGCCCAGAAGAGUUGGCCUCUAAAGAAUUGGCUGCUUGGAGACAAAGGGAAAACAGACACGCUAUAGAAAUGAUCGAGAAAGAGCAGCGGGAGGCAGAGAGGCGACCCAUCACCAAAAUCACCCACAAAGGAGAGAUUGAGAUUGAGAACCAGGAGCCUUUGAAAUCCCCCGAUGUCAUAGAACUAGAGCCUGAACCAGUUCCCAAAGCUCCGGAGGAGCCGGAGGAGAAGCCCCAAGUGGCCGAGCCUGAACCCCCGAAAGAUGUUCGAGACACAACCAGCCUGCACAAGUCUCACCUCUUUGAUCUGAAUUGCAAGAUAUGCACUGGGCGCAUGGCACCCCCUGUGGAGGAGCCUGUCACAAAGGCGGUGAAAGUGGCCACCACCGUUACAAAACGUCCAUCAACUUCUGAAGGCGAGGCUGUCCCCACACCUUUAUCAGGGAUAACUGAUGAGCUUGAUGCUUUAGAGGGCAGCCUUGUGACAUCCGGAAUAUUCUCCAGCUUUGAAGGACGAUCUGAAAGCUUGAGUAGUAAAGACAACCCAGCAACCUUUCUUGCCAACUUGCAAAGCCUGUGGAAUGGUUUUGUGGAUAUGCCUGCUGUGGCCAAGCUCCUAACAAAAGCCUAUCCAGUCUCAGGAACUCUGGACUACUUAACUGAGGAUCUACCAGAGAACAUACAAGUAGGUGGAAGGAUCUCACCACAAAUAGUAUGGGACUAUGUUGAAAAAAUCCGGGCCUCUGGAACAAAAGAGCUUUGUGUAAUUCGAUUUACCCCUGAGACAGAAGAAGACGAGAUCUCGUACACACUACUUUAUGCUUAUUUUAGCAGUCGCCGGAGAUAUGGAGUAGUUGCUAAUAACCGAAGGCAGGUUAAAGACAUGUAUCUCAUCCCCUUGGGCUCGACUGAAAAAAUUCCCAACCAGAUUGUCCCUUUUGAUGGCCCAGGAUUAGAGUCUAAUCGCCCAAAUCUUCUGCUGGGACUGCUCAUCAGACAGCGGCCUAAAAGGGACUAUGGUGCUAUUCUUCCCACGCCUACUACCAGCCCUGUGGGCAUCUUACCUGAGACUGAAAAAACUGCAGGUCUGGUAUCUAAACCUGCAAAGGCUCGGGAUGUAGAAAAUGACUUCAUCAGCUCUUUGAAAGUUCCGUUAGUGAAGGAAGCUCCACCACAUAAACCAUCAGUGGCUGAUGAUCAAUCAGGGACUGACCCUAUUGAAACUGUGGACUCAACCACAGACCUCGGCCUGCUGGAUGCAUCUAAACCACUUCGAUUCCUCCCCGGGGUACUUCAAUCUGCCAAGUCCUCUACGUCUGGAGACGAAUCAAGUAAAGCACCAAACACCAUCCUGACUGAUACCGGAACUCAGGGAGUCUCAGUUAAACCCACUUCCACUACCCAUGGUCUGAACCGAUUUAUUAUAAAAAAGAGAGAUUCCAAAUCUGUCAAAAUGGAAGUGGGUCCAUACAGCCAGGCUGUGAAAUAUGUUACCGAUUCCAAACCAGUCAAGACAGAGACAGGUCCAUCCGGUCUAUCUGAAAAGUCAGUCACUGGUUCCAAAUGGGACAAGACAGAGACCGGGCGACCUGGUCUAUCGGAAAAGUCUGUCACUAGUCCCAAAUUGGUCAAGGCAGACGCAGGUCCACCCGGUCUAUCGGAAAAGUCAGUCACUGGUUCCAAAUGGGACAAGACAGAAACCGGUCCUGGUCUAUCGGAAAAGUCUGUCACUAGUCCCAAAUUGGUCGAGGCAGGUCAACCUGGCCUAUCUGAGGAGUCUGUCACCAGUUCUGAAUCUGACAAGAUGGAAGCAGGUCCAUGCAGUCAAUCUGAAGAAUUGGUCACUGACUCUAAAUCAGUCAAGCCAGAUGCAAGUCCAUCUGUCAUAGAUCUCAAAUCAGUCAAGACAGAGGCAGGUCCAUCCAGCAACACUAAGAAAUCUGAGACUGAUUCCAAAUCAGUCAAAAUCUUAGGAGGUCCAUCAACUCAGACAGAGGAGCUUGUCCUUGAUAAUAUGGCAGGGCAACAGAAAAGUGAUGCACCAAGCAGCACAUUGUUGGUGUCUCUGAAAGAUAAACCAGCAGAUGUUUCAACAGAGAUGUUUCUUGCCAGUCUGUCCACACCUCAGACUAAACCUGAUUCCAGCUCCUCUGAUUCAUCCAACAAGGCUGACUCCCUGUCUAAAAGUGAGAACACAAGCCCAGAUAAACAAUCUAUUCCAGAUUCCACAACAGCUACGGUGUUGGACACCUCUGUAGAAGACAAACCUUUCACUACUUCAGUGAUCCCAGGUUUGUCAAGUCCAGCAAGUAGUCCAGUACAGUUUUUGAGUGCUAUUUUGAAAAGUAGCUUACAAAAACCAAAACCAAUCGACACAAAGACAUUGUCAUCUGAGCUGAAUAAUUCAGAUUCAGACAGGACACAUUCUGAGCAACCAGAUGCUCAGGAGCAGUCAAAAGACUGCAAAGACGAGGCUCCCCAUUCAGUGUCUGUGCCUAGCUCCCCACAACAGUCUCCAAAGGAAUACAAGCCUUUGACAGACAUCCAAAGCAUCAAGACCAUUUCGUCCAACUGCAAGAGCAAAGACCCUCUAUCGCCUCGGCCAGCUCUUCUGAACUCUCCCCCUUUAUUCCCACCAGCUGCUCAUGUCCCUCCACCUGCCCCAUUUGGUCCUCCAGGUUCUACUGGUGUUCCUAAAUUCCCAUAUCAUCAAGCACCACUGCCAAAUUACUCUGCUCAGAGCAAUCCUCCACUUUUCCUGCCUGUGCCGCCACCAGUCUCUCUCAACCUGGGCUACGCGGUACCAGUACCUCCACCCAUGAUAUUUUCCCAGAGUCAGGCUCCUUCCCCUUCCUGGACUCCACCUGGCCUUCUUCAGACUGGCUUUCCCCCGACCCUCAACAUGCUUCCUCGUCCACCGUUACCCUUUGGAACUCAAAGGUUGGCCGAACCUGUGAAACCUGCUCAAGUCUCGUCUAAAGAAGAGAAAGGAUCAGAACAGCGCUACCACGACCCCUGGGAAAGGCCACGGCGCACUGAGGAAAGUGGACACAAGAAGCAAGACCGGGAUCACCACAGCCGAUCGAGGCAUCACAGCGAGUCACGCCACGAAAAGAAAAGCAGACAUCAUGACCGGGAUCAUGACCGGGAACGAGGAAAGCGUGACCGGCGGAGCCGAAGUAGGAGCAGGAGCCGAAGUAGGAGUAGAAGUAAGACUAGGACUAAGAGUAGGAGUAGGAGCAGAAGCCGGAGCAGAAGUCAUAGUCGUAGUCAUAGUCGAGACAGACACCACAGGGACCGGAGCAGGCCCUCGAAGGAUGACCGCCAUUCAGACAGACGGAAAGACAGGCAUCACAGUGAUGACUACAGUGGCCGUCACAAAGACAAAGACAGGGACAAACACAGACGGGAUUCUGGCCACGAGAAGGGAAAGAAGAGCUCACGAGACAGACGUUCUUGAUUUUUUACAUAUACAAGCAAAAAAAAACAACAUUUGCUUUUAUGCCUUUUUCCUUACAAAAGCUUUUUUUAUUUUUCAGUACAAUAGAUCAAAUGUCUGUAGAGUUAUUAUUGAUGUCCAAAAGUGCAGCUUUUUUUUAAAACAAAGACUGAAAAAAAAAAAAAAAAACAUUUUUUAGGUUGAGUUGUGAAUUUUUAAUUCUGGAAAAAAAAGUUUUAAUUUUAAUGGUUUUGCUUGCACUAAACACAUACGCAACUGUGAUAGCUCAUAUCUAUGAUACAGUCAUAAAGUACCUUUCUUACUCUGCAUGAUUCAUCUAAAUGCAAGUGGUCAAAGUUAACAAUAUCAUGGUACAAGGAAAUCAACAAAAAACACGGAUUAUUUUUGUCAUGCAAGCAGUUUUUCUUCUGCUGUUAUUUCUUGUUCCUUGUUUGUUAUUUUAAAUGUCCCUUCCCAAAUGUUUUUUUUUUUUUUUUUUUUUUUUUCACAAAUUGUUUUGAGAUAAUUAUUGUCUUUGUACAUUUUGGCUUGUCAUGCACAUUAGAAAUCAAGUGUGCAUUCAGCACCUUGUGUUUUCUGUACAGUUCAUAAUAAAGCUAAUCUUUUAUUGUUCAUAAAAA